AAGCUCCAAAUCCAAUCCGAGCCUCAUUUGCCAAAUCCACUCUCGCGCUCUCUCUUUCUUCUCUCUCUCUCUCUUUGCGGCGACUGACUGGGUCUGAGAGAUAGAGUGAAAGAGUGAGACUGAGAGCCAUGGAAAUGGCAAUAAGCUUCAAAAGCUCGUCCUGUUUUACCAUACCUAUUGCUCAUAGCUCUAGGACUGCUACUACUAUCUCUUCCUCUGCUUCUCCGCUCUCCUCUAAGCAACUCUUUGGUCUCAGCUUUUAUUCAUCGUCGUCUUCUCCUUCUCUCGCUACUGCCAAAACCGCACUCAAAUUCGCUUCUGGAAAUCCAAUUCGAAAGCUCCCUGUCAAAUGCUCUGUUUCCGAAGCUACAGACACCGCAACCGAGAAGAAGAGCCAACUGAAGAGGAGAAGCGACAUAAGAAAUAUAGCAAUUGUUGCUCACGUAGAUCAUGGAAAGACAACUUUGGUCGAUGCAAUGUUGAAGCAAGCAAAGGUGUUUCGUGAUAACCAAUUUGUGCAGGAAAGGAUAAUGGACUCAAAUGAUUUAGAGCGGGAAAGGGGGAUUACAAUACUUAGUAAAAAUACAUCUAUCACAUACAAAGAGACAAAGAUUAAUAUAAUAGAUACUCCAGGGCACUCUGACUUCGGUGGUGAAGUGGAACGGAUCCUCAAUAUGGUGGAAGGAAUUUUACUAGUGGUAGAUUCUGUUGAAGGUCCAAUGCCACAAACAAGAUUUGUUCUGAAGAAGGCUCUAGAAUUUGGCCUCUCUGUUGUUGUUGUAGUUAAUAAAAUUGAUAGGCCUUCAGCUCGUCCAGAUUAUGUUAUUAAUUCCACUUUUGAACUUUUCAUUGAGCUAAAUGCAACAGAUGAACAGUGCGAUUUCCAAGCAAUAUAUGCAAGUGGUAUUAAAGGAAAGGCAGGUUUGUCUCCUGAAAAUUUAGCAGAAGACCUUGGGCCACUUUUCGAGGCUAUAAUCAGAUGCAUACCUGGACCACGUAUUGAAAAAGAUGGUGCACUUCAAAUGCUGGUUACAAAUCUUGAGUAUGAUGAACAUAAAGGACGAAUAGCUAUUGGACGCUUGCAUGCUGGGACUCUGCAGAGAGGGAUGGAUGUGAGGGUAUGCACAUCUGAAGAUUCAUGUAGAUAUGGAAGGGUAAGUGAGCUUUUUGUGUAUGAAAAAUUCAGUAGGGUUCCAGCGCAAAGUGUGGAGGCUGGUGAUAUAUGUGCUGUCUGUGGAAUUGAUGAUAUUCAGAUUGGUGAGACAAUUGCUGAUAAAUCAUCAGGGAAGCCAUUACCUGCCAUUAAGGUGGAGGAACCAACAGUAAAAAUGGCAUUUUCCAUCAACAUAUCGCCCUUUGUUGGGCGUGAGGGAAAAUAUGUUACUAGCAGGAACUUGAGAGAUCGCCUUUACCGUGAGCUUGAGCGCAAUUUGGCUAUGAAAGUUGAAGAUGGCGAAACGGCAGAUACAUUCAUUGUUAGUGGGCGGGGUACUCUGCAUAUAACCAUACUUUUAGAGAACAUGCGAAGGGAAGGCUAUGAAUUCAUGGUGGGACCUCCUAAAGUUAUCAGCAAAAAGGUGGAUGACAAGUUGCUGGAACCAUUUGAGAUUGCCACUGUGGAGGUACCUGAAGAACAUAUGGGAUCUGUUGUUGAGUUACUUGGCAAAAGACGAGGGCAGAUGUUUGAUAUGCAAGGGGUUGGGUCGGAGGGCACAACCCUGCUCAAAUACAAGAUUCCAACCCGUGGCCUUCUUGGUUUGCGGAAUGCGAUUUUAACAGCUUCUCGUGGCACGGCAAUUCUGAACACAAUAUUUGAUUGUUAUGGUCCUUGGGCUGGCGAUAUCAAUACCCGGGAUCAGGGUUCGCUGGUUGCUUUUGAGGAUGGGACGAGCACUUCUUAUGCUCUUUCUAGUUCUCAGGACAGAGGACAGAUGUUUAUUGGCCCUGGGGUAGAAGUUUACAAAGGUCAGAUUGUUGGUAUCCAUCAACGGCAUGGGGACCUGUCACUUAAUGUGUGCAAGAAAAAGGCUGCGACAAAUGUACGUUCCAACAAAGAACAAACAGUUGUUCUUGAUACCCCAUUGGAUUAUAGUCUGGAUGACUGCAUUGAAUACAUUCAAGAAGAUGAACUGGUGGAGGUCACUCCUUCAAGUAUUCGUAUGUGCAAAAACCCAAAGCUCGCAAAGAAAACAAGAUAGAUCAUACACCAUGUGGAUAUGCACUGUCAAUUCUUUGCAAAACUCCUUGCAAUAUCAAUGGAGAAGCCUAAACGUACUUACAGCAGCCAGAUGCAAACUACUUCUCUUGCAUUAAUUGCUUUUCCAUCUCUCUCUCAUAACAGUUAUAUAGAUAUAAUGUUAAGAUUUCAAUUGGAAAGUCAAAUUUUGCAAAUUGUAUACAAAAGAAUAGGACAUCAGAAUCGUACUACUGUAAGAUGGUCAUUAUUCUUCGGUGGAUCGAACUGUGACAAGCUGGAACGGUGAAAUCCACCUAUGGUGAUUUGUAAUUCAGAAAAUGAUUCUCAUUGAAAUGGUAAAAUAGUUCCAUUUGACUAUUCCCUUUAUCA